CGGCCGAUCCUGAUUUUACCGUCGUAUUAUUUCAUAAAAUCAUACAUAUAUUCUGGCGCAAACGAAGAAUGCAAUCAUUAAUUUUAAUUAAAAAUCGUUCUAAUUAAAACUUUCGAUUAUACAUACACGCGCUCCAAAAAAGUUCCAAACGUUAUUGUAAGACAAAAUCCGAUUACUAUAGAUCCGGUCAAUCCGCGCAAAUUAACAAGUGUAUAACCUGCUCGUGCUAUCAUGAAUCAACAAAAAUACUAAUCAAAAUCUAACCUUAGUUAACCUCGCGGACGAGUAUAUGCAAUCUCCUCGAAAACAUUCCGCCCUCGCUCCCAACAUAUACUACAUACCUAUGCCAUAACCCUACAGAUACCAGAUCCACCCGGUCCAAUACAGUCGUUCAACUUUUUUUUUAUCGCAAAAUUCAUCGGAGCCGCUGCACAGCGCGCCAGUCGGAUUUGCAUUUUUGAUGGUCCGUCGUUAAAUAUUGCAAUACGCGUAGCCACACGCGUGUGCGUACGCGCGCGAUCCUCGUGGAAAAAGUGAAAGAGAGAUGCUGUCCGCCAGACAAGUCCGAAAGCACGGCAUGAGAAACGAGAAGUGGAGCACCCGCGAGAAAAGCCUCCAGUACCGCGGGAUACUCAAGCUUCAUGCGCGGGACAAAAAGCUGCAGGCGACGAACGCCGAGAAAUUGAAGAGAAAGGUUUCGAGGAGCUUGAAAGAGUUGAAGGCCGACAUCGAGGAGUACCGGAAAAUCGUCAACGAUGUCAUUUGCGGCGACAAGAGGCUCUUGCGCACGAUUCUCCAGAAGCAGAGGGACCUGAAGAUACAGCUGCAAGACGCGGAGCCAUCGGACGCUUACGAGGUCAUAUUCCAAGACUACAACCUCAAGCGCAAACAGCUCGACAAACUCGGCUACGUCAAGGUCAAGACGAGACAGGAAUUCUGCAACUUGAAGUCGGAGUUCGCUGAUCUGAGCGAGCAGAUCGAGAAAAAGGACGAGAUCAGUCCUACCGAGGCCGAAUAUCAGAAGCGGCAUCAGCAGCUGAUAGCCCGCUACCACGUAGCCCUGGCCAAACGUCACGCAGCCAAGUCCGUCAGCGACACGUACAAGGAGAUCCUCGUGAUUUUGAAAAAGGACUCGAAAUAUUUCGACGUCGUGCUGAACGCUCUGCGCGAGGACCGGAAGGACCAGUGCCGAGUGAUUUACAAGACGACUCUGAUGGGUCAGUUGGCAGCCGAAAACCUCGACGACAUUCGUCAGAGGUACAAGCAAAUGGUCCAGGAUGUCUGGGUCAAUAUGAAGGAGCGCGAGCGGAGCCUCGACAGCGCCAGGAAGAAGGUCGAGGAUGUCUGGCAGUACGCGAAGUCCCUUGUUAGGAUCGAGAGCGACACUAAUAUUAUGGGAAAAAAGGACGACACGGUGGAGGACGAAGAUAGACGCUUGAAGCAGCAAAUCGAGGAGCUUGAGAACAUAUUCAACGUAAUGAAAGAGACGAUGCUCAUUCGAUCGUACGAAGAGCUGUUCGUCAGAUUAGAAGACCAAAUGAAACAAAGAGAGAGACUGACUGAGCUGUACAACCGCAACUUGAAGGAUCGAAAUUUCGUGCUGAACAAGAAGAAUCACGCCGAGUUGAUGCUCCAGAAUUUGGAGCAUUCCAUGGUGUCGACCACUACGAAAUACAAAACGGAGAAAAAGGCGAUGCUGGAGAAAAUCGAGGCAGAGAAAAAGCGCGAAGCCGACAACAAUUCUCUGAUAGAAACCCGAGGUGAAUUAUUGAUGAACAUAAGAGCGGCUCUGCAGAAUAUGUCGUCGAUGCUUGUUUGCGUGAAAGCUGCCAAGUCCGCGGGGAAGGGGAAGGAUAGCAGGAAAGCUGCUCGAGAACUCGACGACAAAGUGGAGAUCAAAGCGGAUGACAGAGCGAAAAAAGACAGGGAGAAAGAGAGGGAAAAACGAACGUGCGACGAUCCUAUAGAAACUGACGGAUUAGCGGUAUUAGCGCAAGUGACGAAAAAGGCGAUCACUUUGUUCGCGUCGACGAACUUCGUACUCGACCCCGAGAAGGAAGAGAGGGCUAGAGAUAUGUACCAAAAUUACGUCGCCGAUUAUCGCUCGCAAUUGAAGUUCGGAGACGAAGAACAAGAACAAACGGGUAUGUACUUUGAGCACGAAACCGUAGACACCGGUGUGCCAACUCGAACUGAAAUCAAAACCAAGAGCAAACAAAUCGUAGAAGCCAAUACCAAAGAAGAUUGAUUUCCCUCUUCCCUUUAUAAACGAAAGACGGACAAGAUGAUUUUCUUAACAACUUUAUAUUUUACCAUACAAUAAUUAUUAAAAGUUUUGCAAUUUA